AUGCAUGAUUAUAUGUUCGACGGAUGGACUAGGUCGUCGCCUGGAUCUGGGAGGCUCAUGGCUAGGUUUGAGAUUGAUGGUCAUAUGAAGUGGGAGUCCUAUGAGCCAAAACCUUUUACGGAUACGGACAUCGACAUUGCAAUCAGUCACUGCGGCGUUUGUGGUAGCGACAUUAGUUCUCUCCGCUCAGGGAUCGGUGUCGGUGUGCAGUGCAAUGCCUGCCUUCGAGCCGACUGUGAAAGAUGCUCGGCGGACUUGGAGAACCACUGCAAGAUCGACUUCGUCGCAACCUACGAUUCGACGUACAUGGAUGGACAGAAGUCGUACGGAGGAUACGCGAAAUACUGGCGGGGUCCCGCAGCUUUCGCAUUUCACAUACCGGACGGACUGGCUUCGGGAGCAGCAGCCCCAAUGCUAUGCGCCGGCUUGACAGUGUACUCGCCUUUAUUGAAAACGGAGCUGGGCCAGGCAAACGUUGUUGCGAUAUUGCGGUCCUCAAGCAAGCGAGCGAAUACUCUGAAGAUAGGGGCCGACCAAUACAUCGCAACGGAAGAGGAAGAAGGGUGGUCAAAGAAACAUGCUGAUUCAUUGGACCUCGUCAUAUCAACCGUCUCAGGUCCAGGCAUGCGGUUGGAAGAAUAUCUAGCCCUCUUGGAUGUGAACGGUACAAUGGUUCAAAAUCUCAAACUGGGGGGCAGCCUGAUUGGAUCACGGAGCACAGCGAGGAAGAUGUUGGAGUUCGCGGCCAAAGAAAAUCUCACACCAUGGGCUGAUGUUCGGCAACUGGCUGAAGCAAACCAAGUCGUACAAGAUAUGGUUAAAGGAAAGGCGAGAUACCGGUACGUGCUAGCGAAUAAAUAG